UCGCUCGCCGCACACGCGCGCACACAGCGGCGGGUAGGGCUGCGGGGCGGGCAGGGCGGCGGGGCAGCGGCGCUCCGGGCUUGUCCGCGGGGCAGCGGCAGCGCCGCAGGGCUCGGCUCCGGGAAGAGCUCGCGCGUAUAUCGGCGGCGAUCGCCGACGCUCGUUGACGGCCGGCGCAGCGCAGCGGUAGCGGCGGGCGCGGGAUGCGGUCCGGCCGCCCACCGGGGCGGUAAGCGGGAGAGCCGAGACGCCCCGCCAGCCGCGGCCCUGCGCCCUGGGGUGCGGGUAGGCGGAGGAGCCCCCGCUCGUUGCCGCUCUGUAUCCCUUGGCGGGGCCGUUGACAAUAAAUCCGCGAUGGCCUCCUCCGGUAUAAACACAGCCCAGCCUAGUUCCCAGAUGGCCAACUCCCAGAACGGCCGGAACCCACGCAAAGGACGGAUCCUGGGCUUCAUCGAUGCCAUUCAAGAUGCUGUGGGCCCCCCCAAGCAGGCAGCUGCCGACCGAAGGACUGUGGAGAAGACCUGGAAGCUCAUGGACAAAGUGGUAAGACUGUGCCAAAACCCAAAGCUUCAACUCAAAAACAGCCCACCCUACAUUCUUGACAUUUUACCAGACACCUAUCAACAUUUGCGACUUAUACUGAGCAAAUACGAUGACAACCAAAAACUUGCACAACUCAGUGAGAAUGAGUAUUUUAAAAUCUACAUUGAUAGUCUCAUGAAAAAAUCAAAACGGGCUAUCAGACUCUUCAAAGAAGGAAAGGAAAGAAUGUAUGAGGAGCAGUCACAGGACAGGAGAAACUUAACUAAGCUGUCCCUCAUCUUCAGCCACAUGCUAGCAGAAAUCAAGGCUAUUUUUCCAAAUGGCCAAUUCCAGGGUGAUAACUUUCGUAUCACCAAAGCAGAUGCUGCAGAUUUCUGGAGGAAGUUCUUUGGAGACAAAACUAUAGUGCCAUGGAAAGUGUUCAGGCAGUGCCUUCAUGAAGUUCAUCAGAUAAGCUCUGGUUUGGAAGCAAUGGCUCUUAAAUCUACUAUUGAUUUGACCUGCAAUGACUACAUUUCAAUUUUUGAGUUUGAUAUCUUCACUAGGUUAUUUCAGCCAUGGGGUUCAAUCUUAAGGAAUUGGAACUUCUUAGCUGUGACACAUCCUGGAUAUAUGGCAUUCCUGACAUAUGAUGAAGUGAAAGCAAGAUUGCAGAAGUACAGCACAAAGCCUGGGAGCUAUAUUUUCAGACUGAGUUGCACUCGCUUGGGGCAGUGGGCCAUUGGGUAUGUGACUGGUGAUGGGAACAUACUGCAGACCAUACCUCACAAUAAGCCUCUGUUUCAAGCUUUGAUUGAUGGCAGUCGGGAAGGAUUCUAUCUCUUCCCAGAUGGACGAAGUUACAAUCCUGAUCUGACAGGAUUAUGUGAACCUACACCACAUGAUCACAUAAAGGUCACGCAAGAACAAUAUGAAUUGUACUGUGAAAUGGGUUCCACUUUUCAGCUAUGUAAAAUCUGUGCAGAGAAUGACAAGGAUGUAAAGAUUGAGCCUUGUGGACACCUCAUGUGCACCUCUUGUCUUACGGCAUGGCAGGAAUCUGAUGGCCAAGGCUGUCCUUUCUGUCGCUGUGAAAUCAAAGGAACUGAACCAAUUAUUGUGGAUCCGUUUGAUCCAAGAGAUGAAAACUCCAGAUGUUGCAGUAUUAUCGAUAGCUUUAGUAUGCCCAUGUUGGACUUGGAUGAUGAUGAUGAUAGGGAGGAGUCUUUGAUGAUGAACCGAUUGGCUUCAGUCCGAAAGUGCAAUGAGAGGCAGAAUUCACCAGUGACUUCUCCAGGAUCUUCCCCUCUUGCACAAAGAAGAAAACCACUUCCAGACCCCCUGCAAAUCCCACAUCUUAGUCUUCCACCUGUACCUCCUCGUCUGGAUCUUAUUCAGAAGGGAGUAGCACGGUCUCCAUGUGCCAGCCCAACUGGAUCACCAAAGUCUUCUCCUUGUAUGAUGAGGAAACAAGACAAACCUUUGCCAGCACCACCACCUCCCUUGCGUGAUCCUCCACCACCCCCACCAGAACGACCUCCUCCAAUUCCACCAGACAACAGGAUAAGCAGACACUUGCAUCAUCCAGAAAGCGUGCCUUCCAGAGACCAGCCAAUGCCUCUUGAAGGCUGGUGUCCCAGAGAUGUGUUUGGGACAAGUCAGUUAGUAGGAUCUCGAACGGGGAGUGACACUUCUCCCAAACCAGGACUGACUGCAAUUUCAAACAUGAAUGGAAGGCACAACCGCGUAAGUUCUGAGCAAGGAUUUAUGAGAAAACACAGACGUCAUGAAUUGCCUGUGGAAGGUGCCAAGGUAUUUUCAAAUGGUCAUUUGAUAAAUGAAGAAUACGAUGUCCCACCACGGCUUUCACCUCCUCUUCCAGCUGCUUCCACCAUCCCUAGUAUAAAGUGCCCUGUUUCUUCAGCAAAUUCUCUGUCUGAUAAAUCAAGGGAUCAUACAGAUGAUGAUGAUGAAUACAAAGUUCCUUCUUCACAUUCUAUAAUACUGAGCUCUCAAUCACCUCAUUGUCAUAAUAUAAAACCUGUUGCUCGGGUUUGUGAGAAUGGCCAAUGUAGUGGAGUAACAAAUGGAACACACAGUGCUACUUCUGAUGUGAAGAAAUCAAAACAUCCAGAGUUAGGAGAUGUCUAUGAUGCACCUACUGUUCCGGUACCUUUGCCACCUGCACGGCCUCCUACCAGAGACAACCCAAAACACAGCUCUUUGCUCAACAGGACUCCCUCCGAUUAUGAUCUUCUGGUGCCCCCUUUAGGUGAGGAUGCGUUUGAUAGCUCACCUCCUUCACUACCACCACCACCACCACCACCUGCUAGGCACAGCAUCACUGAGCACACAAAACCAUCUGGCUCAGGAAGUCGACCUCCCUCAGGACAUGAACUGUUCCCUCAUCCUGAUCCUCAUUUUGAUCCAAUAACUGGUCACGUUCCCUUGCCACCUGUUCGUAGAGUAACUGGAGAAAAUGUAAAAACAAAUAGGAAUUCUCAAGACUAUGAUCAGCUUCCUCCCUCUUCAGAUGGUUCACAAGCACCAGCCAGGCCCCCUAAACCACUUCCUCGGAGGACUGCACCAGAAAUACACCACAGGAAAGCAUUCAAUUCUGACAGUUCCACGGAAAAUGUGGAUGCAAAAAUUGCAAAACUAAUGGGAGAAGGCUAUUCCUUUGAAGAAGUCAAGAGGGCACUUGAAAUUGCCCAGAAUAAUGUUGACGUGGCUCGUAGUAUUUUAAGAGAAUUUGUCUGUUUUCCUCCACCAGUCUCACCACGUCUCAAUCUAUAGCAGCAUGAAGAUUUUCUUGGAGCAUGUGAAUUCUACAUAUACAUGUGUGGACUGGGGAAUGAGAGGAAGAAGAGAAGAGAAUAUUUUUUCUUUCAUCUUUAGCAGGAGGCUGUCUGUUUCCAGCCGUGCUCAUGGCUGCUCUGAUCAAGACUUAUAAAUAUGCUGAGGCUUAUGUAUUUUUGCUAGCCAUACUUUUUUAAAUCAGGGUUGAACUGACAAAAUAAUUUAAAGAAGUUUACUUCCCUAGAACUUUUAAUCUGUGAAAUGCUUUUUCUUGUUUACAAGUUGAUAAGUUACAGUUUUCUAGUUGAUGUCUGUACUAUGUUCCUGUUCAUGUCCCCUUGUACUUUUGGUCAGUCCUGCUGUAGCAUUCCCCACAGUUUCCAUGCUGACCACCCCAACAACUAAAUCAUCACUUUCCAGAAAUUUCGUGUUUGCUUUUUUUUUUCUCUUACAAGAUGCUUUAACUGUUUUUGCAUUUCAGCUCAGCAAAUGCAAAAGUAUGUGGCCUUCACUACUGAUUAUUUUUUCAUAUGAGAUUCCUUUGCUUUUGAGAGAGGAAAUAUCUGAAUGUAAAAUAUGUCUAUGAACUGCCUUUUUAAAGGUAUUUUUGACAACAAUGUUGGACAGCUUUCUGUUUAACAUUAAUUCCAUGACCUAUAAUCCUCGAGGUCUUUUAUCCGCUGCUUCUACAGUCAACAAAAAAUCCCAACCAACUGGAAAAAGAAACAGCACUUGUUACAGUGAUACUGAGUUCUGACAUGUACAAGCUCUUUAAAAAAUUAUUUGAUUACAAACGUUCAAAAAAGCCCAAACACACGUGACAGUACUGCAUUUUGAUUACACACUAAUUACACCUGUUGUCUAUGACCUAUGUAUUCUGAGACAUGCCAGACUAGAAGGAAUCAUCAUUUUGAAUCACUUUAAUGGCAUUCAGGUAAAUUUCAGAGCAAGCUUCUGCAAAAUUAAUUUUGGAGUGAUUAUCCUGUGGUUCAUUGCGGCUUGGAUUUAGUUUGUAUUAACUUGGAAACUUUAAAUUCUUGGUGCGCUGUUGAUUCUUAAUGCCACUGUAGCAGUAUGUUUUGGAAAGUUCUUUAACAAUCUCCUCCAUACACUUUAUUACUCUAAAGUGUGUUUCUAAUGCCCAAAUUCAUUCAGUCACUUUCCAGCUACUUAGCUGGAAUUGUUUUUUUGCUUUCAAUGGCUAGUGAUACUACAGGCUUUGUGUUAUUUUUAAGCCCAGGUUGAUGCAAGCUAAAUUAAAUAUCUUUCUAACAUUAGAAAAGAGAGAGAAAGUGACAACUAUGUUCCUAGUGCUUUCAAAGUUUAGGGUCUAAAUAUUUCCAGUAGAAAACUGCUGCUUUCCUGUUUUUGUAGGAGAAUUGGUAGCGUGCUCUUCCUUUAUUACUGUUGAAAAGAUUAAACUGUAUGGUAGCUAGAGUAUUUUCCACAUUUUGGGAUGUGACCAGUAUAUGACAAUUUUCACUUUGUACUAAGCUGCAUUUGAGUCACGUAUUUGUUGUUUCCUUUCAGCUGUCACUUUUUUCCUUCACUCAUAGUAAGUGAUAGAAGUUGCACCACUUAUGGGAUCAGAUCUCAGCAGCCAAUACAUUGCUUUUAAAAAAUUUCAAAUACAGAAAAUGUCUGUAUUGCAGGAUCCAAAAUAACUGG